AAUGAUAAUGAUAUAUAUGGAAAUAACAUUGAUAAUUCAAAUAACGAUCAUAGUUCAUAUGAAAAUUUAAAUAGUGAAUAUAAUAGUAGUUUAAAAAAUUUAAGUGAGAUAAAUUCAAAUGAAAAUUCAAAUGAUAAAAAUGAAAGUCUAAGUGAAAUUUUAUCAAAUAUGA